ACUACAGCCGCUGUCUCCGAGUGUCUCCGAGUGUCUCCGACCGCCUCCGACCGCCAGCCGCUGUCCCCGCCUGUCCCCGCCUGUCCCCGCCCGCCUCCCGUCGCGCAGCCUCGCCUCUCCGGAGCGUCCUCAGCAUCCCUCCGCCUCGCGCACCCCCGCCCCCCCGGAGGAGCGUCCCUGCUGUCCCUGCUGUCCCUGCUGUCCCUGCUGUCCCCGCUGUCCCCCCGGCCGCCUGCAGCAUGAAGACCAAAUUCAUCAACGGGGUGUCCAACUCCCCGUCCAUGUCCCUGGGGCUGCUGGUGACGGAGAACGCCCUGCAGGUGCAGCCCGCCGCCCGGGUGGAGGAGGAGGCGGAGGACGGGGGGGUCCGGGACCGGGACCAGGACCGGCCCGACCCGGACACCCGGCUCCAGGCCUUCCUGUGGUGCCGGGAGUUCCUGCACGGAGCCUGGAGACAGCUGUCCCCGGAGGACUUCCACAUCUCCGUCAUCAGGGGGGGUCUCAGUAACAGGCUGUUCCUCUGCAGCCUCCCUCCCUCCGUCCGUCCCGUGGGGGACGAGCCCAGGAGCGUCCUGCUGCGUCUCUACGGCGCCAUCCUGCAGAUGUCCUGCCGCAGAGGCCCGUCCCCACAGGCAGACAGGGACAGGCGCUGCCAAGGCGCUGAAGCCAUGGUUCUGGAGAGCGUCAUGUUUGCCAUCCUGGCAGAGCGGGAGCUGGGACCGAAGCUCUACGGCAUUUUCCCUCAGGGCCGCCUGGAGCAGUACGUGCCGAGCCGGAAGCUGGAAACCGGCGAGCUGAGCGACCGCGGCAUCUCGGCCGAGGUGGCCCAGAAGAUGGCCCGCUUCCACGGCAUGAGGAUGCCCUUCAACAAGGAGCCGCGCUGGCUGUUCGGGACCAUGGACAAGUAUCUGGACCAGGUCCUGAAGCUGACCUUCACCAGGGAGUCUCACCGUCGCCGCUUCAACCGUCUGCUGAGCCUCGACCUCCCCCAGGAGCUGGAGCUGCUCAAGGCUCUGCUGGACUCCACUCACUCUCCGGUGGUUUUCUGCCACAACGACUGUCAGGAAGGGAACAUCCUGCUGCUGAAGGGUCGACAGAACUCCGACAAGCAGAAGCUGAUGCUGAUCGACUUCGAGUACAGCAGCUACAACUACAGGGGCUUCGACAUCGGGAACCAUUUCUGCGAGUGGAUCUACGACUACAACUGUGACCACUUCCCCUUCUUCAAGGUCGACGCCCACAACUACCCCUCCAAGGCCCAGCAGCUCCACUUCCUGGAGAGCUACCUGCGAGAGGCCGAGCCGGGCUGGGACGGCCUGGGGGACGAGGAGCGGGACAGGAGGAAGGAGGACCUGAUCCUGGAGGUCAACAGGUUCGCUCUGGCGUCUCACUUCUUCUGGGGACUCUGGUCUCUGAUCCAGGCUCAGCUGUCCACCAUCAAGUUCGGAUACCUGGAGUACGCUCAGGCCCGCUUCGACGCCUACUUCCAGCAGAAGAAGACGUGGGCCGUCUAGACG